CUCACUUUACCACUGGAGUGGGUUUGGCGUGAACAAUUUGCGCGCAAAUUAAGUAAAGUGUGACGUGAGUGGUUCGAUAACCAAAGUUCACGUUUUGCACCGAAGCUGGAUACCUGCCCUACGGACACACAAAUUGCGGUUCUUGGCGUGGUUUAAAGCUGUUCGAAUGAUGUCCACCCAAAAACACGGUGCGCCGGACUCUGGAACCAAUGACGGAUUCCCGCGAAAACGGUCUCUCGUACGUCAAGCCACGGACGUCGAAGACGACGACUCUUCUCCGUUCCCAUCGACGAUCGCCGACUUCGGAUACUUCUUCAACGAUUUUGGCCAGCUGAGGCACCUUAAGACCGGUGAGCCUUACCAGUUUUAUGUACGCUCGAACGACCACGGCUACAACCAGCGGCGCUACGAAGCUCUGGGGGACGUUAUCACCGAGCACGUUUACCAGCUCUUGGAGCAAGAGACGCACUUGACGCGAGUCACCGUGCCCGUCAACGCGCAUGAGGACGAGCCGAGAUCUUUUAUAUUCGUGUCUGAAGACGCGUUCACUAACAAGGACCGCUUGUUGAUUUUAAUACAUGGCAGCGGCGUCGUGCGAGCCGGUCAGUGGUCGCGGCGGCUCAUCAUCAACGACUCGCUCAAAAAAGGCACUCAGCUGCCUUACAUUCGGCGAGCGCAGGGGCUCGGUUACGCCGUCAUUGUGCUUAACACUAACGAUACUCACCGCGUAAUCGACGGCGUGCGCGUUCCAGUGCGAGACUGUGAAACUGCCGAGAAACACGGCCGCUACGUUUGGGAACACAUCGUCGAAAAACGGGCGCCCGCGCGUCACGUAGCCGUCGUGGCGCACAGUUUCGGAGGUGUCGUCGCCGUCAACGUGGCAACCGAGUUCUUCGCAUCGUUCUCGUCUCGCGUCUUCGCCGUCGCCCUGACGGACUCCGUCCACAGCUUCGCGCGCCAGAAGUCGCACCCGCGCGUCGCGCAGCUCUUCAGCCAGAUUGGGAGGAAUUGGGUGUCCAGUCCGGAACCCCUCGAUCGGCCCCUCAGGGAACGACACGACGGCACCGUUGACGUCAAGCGCGUCUCUGCUGGCACGGUCACCCACGAAAUGACGUCGUGGUCCAGCUUCGCGUCCGUCUUCGAGUUCCUGGAGACGGCGUACCACAAGAAGUCGUCCGGGAACGGAGAGCAGAACGAUUUGUAGUGAGGCGACGUAUGACAGCCUCCAUUUUUUUUUAUCCUUUUCGCUUCAUUUUUAUUUUUGACGUGACAAGUGCCUUCGGGAUGUAUGCUAUCAAAUGUCUGCAGUACGAGCGUGUACGAAUAAGCGUAACUUGGAGAUACAGCGAUAUGCAAAGUACCGGUAGUAGCCUUGCCUUUUUUGUUUACUUGCAGCACUCUUGUAAAUUAAUCAAGUACCUAUAUUUAGUGUAUAUUUCAGAGGUUGUACAGCAAAGUGUAGUUGUUGAAUGUUCAAGGCGGAGUCCUUGUGCCUUUUGCUCAAUGUGUGUUAUGAUAAGGAAAUGGUGUGGAGGAUGAGCAUUUCAGGAUGAAAAAAAAAAACAGUAUGUGGGGCUUCGUGUCUAACACUUUAAAUUAAUUUAACUAAAGCCAUUCUAGAACACUCACCAUCGAUAUCGAUUAAAAAGUAUCGAAUUUAGGAAGUGUGUGUAGGAUGUCUUUAUAGUAUAACAUAAUUUAGGUGUGCCUACAUGAGGAACUGCAUUAUUACAGCUGUAAAAGAGUUUAUUGGAGAACAAUUAUCGAUUAGGCUCAACGGUGACAGUCCAGGCAGAACACGGACUCCCAUCACAAGCGGCGUUCUUGUAGAAGGCAGCUGGAUAAGCAGACUCUCUAGAAGGUGCCAGAAGGGUCGACUCGUCACAGAGUUUCAAAGUAUCCUCGUACAGCCAAUGCCUUCUUAACUCCUGGCUGCAGUUGUACUGACUCGCAGCUCCCAUUCUCGGUGUGUUUAAAUAAUUGCCAUAUUUGCCUUUAUCACAUGUUUCCUGCUCUGCACCUUGUUACUCUAUGAAAAAAAGCUCGUUUGAUCAUUUUAUCCGUGACAAUAUAUUACAAGUAAUGCCGACACUAUUUUUCCCUAGCUCUUGUAACUGUUGGGCUUCCAAGAUUACUCUUGAUCUGCCACGGGUUGCAUUUGAACUGACCAUUGGAGGCAAUCAAUUAGGCUAUAAAAUAGCACAUAGAUUACAUAAUAAAUAACAUAGCUAUGAAUCUGCUUAUCAUUGUGAAAUAAUGAAUCUUCUUUCACAACAGUGAAGACCAGACCAGCCCGUCGGCAUGCAUGCCUUGUGUGACCUUCUGGGCCUUGCAAAGUCUAUGAAGUAGUUUUUCAUAACCAGGUCAACUCUGCCUCAAGUCCUUAUCACCUGUGACAAGGAUGCCCUCUUAAUAUCCAAAGAAAAGUAUCUCGAUAAAGUUAUACAAACCAUCAUUUCCACUGGUCAAAUCCAGGCGAAGUUUUUGUCGUCAUAAACUGUGAACUUGCUUUCCAGUGGUUUGUAUAAGUGUAUGCAGCAUUGCACUGCAACUCCAGCACUCAAUUGCUGCUGUACUGUAGUGUAUGGCAUUAUGUUUUAUUUUAGCAGAUUAGGUAUAUUGAAAGUUAAGCUCUCACUUCAGAUAUCGGGCAAUCCUUCAAACACAACUGGAACUAACCACGAGAUCUUUUGAACUGGAAUGUUCGCUAAGGGGGGUCAAAUGGGAUUGUUUGCCUCUAAUGUUCCUUUAAGUGUGGUAUGGUGUCUAGUACUUAUGUUUGAUCACCCGAGAAGUAGGAGAGCCCUAGAUACAUCUGUUUUGCUACCUCACCAUUUGGGUUAUCUAUUGUGCUUGCCAAUGUUGUAUAGAGUGAGAUGACCACAAGGCAACAUGCACUUUGUAUAGAAAGGACAUUGUGCAUGAAACAUCACCAAAAAUGUAUUUUGUGAUAUUUAAAUUUGUAUGCACAUUAACUUGGAGCAUAACUUUUUCAAUGACUGUUACCGUUGGGAGGAUACCAAGGGGAACAUAAACUGGAACGUUAGCGCAAAUGUUUGGCAAAGCUUAGCUAGAAUUAGCAUGAAGAGCUGUGUUAUUAUGCCAAACUCUAUUUUCUGGCACAGUAUCUUUCACUGUGGCUGUCUCACCAAGCUUUGUGAAUUCCUGAAAAACAAUCUACAGCUAAAGUUACUAAGUAAUACCCCUGUCACACGUGGCAACUUAAGUGCACUUCGAGUGAGUACACUUAGCAGCAAGUGUCAUUUGCGCGGUGUCACACGGGCAAAAUUAAGUGUCACUCGCUGAAAAGUACACUUGCUGGCUAGUGCGUUCCCCAAUCUCACUUCUCUGCUACGACGUGUGUAGCCUCAGUACCAGUGGCUUGCACAGAAAUACGCUGUUGCCUAAAGCGCCGCUUAUACUACAUAUAAAUUGUUUUCGUUAUAAGGGAUGCUGCUAUGUAUUAAAACAAGUCGUAAAUCAACAACUGUUCUUGCUACGUGCACUCUCGGGCAGUUUGCGGCCACGUCCGCCAGGGGGGUUGCGGCAGCACAUGCUGUGCUAUGGCUGCAUCAAUCGCGUUGUUUGCUUUCAGGCACACUUGCAAAUGUGUAGGCAAGUCGUUCUCCACAGUUUACGAUGGCGUGUGCCACUGGUGCUACUUCCACGAAGACAACGUGGUCCGACGUAACAAAUAUACAUUGCGCUACAAACCCAGCAAUUGCCACUGUCAUCAUUUCCAAAGUACACUUUGUUUUGUCGUGUAGCAGCCAACUGCCAAAAUGACACUUUGUAAGCGUAAGUACACUCACCCAAAGUGCACUUAAGUUGCCUCGUGUGACAAGUAUAAGCCAUGCCUCUGACUGUGAGUGCACGUUGUAUUUAGGUUACCAGAUACCACAGCGUUAGCUUUCUUCAUGCGAUGCUUAUCAGUUCAAUUAAUGCUGGUUGUCUCUUCAAAAACUUGUAGCACUGAAAAACAUGAUUAAACAAGGAAGGAAAUGGGCCAUCAUUCACAGCACCAGUUGUAUAACAAGAUAUAUAUGCAUUUGGCAAUCUUUCUUCAAUGUUUCUAGUGUACAACAUCGUGGCAGUUGCUAGCCUAAUUAUAUAAUAACAAAAUCGAUCGCCAAGGUCUUACACUAUCUUUGGUGCUUGUUGAUUGGACUACCAAAAGAGAAAUAUUGCUUCGGACUACUCUACGAGAGCCAGAAUUUAUUGUACAUAUUAAGGAACCUGCUCAUUUUCCUAUAUUUUGAGCACAGAUCAAGCGCUUAAUGUUGUGAUAAGUUUGUGCCUUUGUUUCAUUUCACCAUCCUAUUUCUCUGUUUGUUAACUGGGAACAGUAUUCUGCCUAUAAAUGUUGUUUGUGUCAACACUUGUAUUUUGUAUUGACCACAUUCCGUGCCCUUCCUUGACGGUGCGACUGUGGUGCAUGAAGCUUGUGAAGCUAGUUUUGUCUUGGUCACAGUAUGCAUUGUCAAAGCUGACAACAUAGAUGUGUUGUGUAACAUUUCUUACUUUAUUACUGUUAUAAACCACUGUAGUGCAAAUUAGCUCAGAUAUAAGCUCUUUUAAUUAGAUAUUUUAUCCUUUGUUCUUAUCGCUAUUCUUGGUGUACAGAUUCUUGGCUGAAUUUCGUGCAAUGCUUCCCUUCAAUAUCAAUAUAUUUCCUUAGCACUCAAGAGUGUUUUGGUAUCCUAACCACCGGCACAUGUUUUAUUAAAAAAAGUGUUUUUAUUGUAGCAUUUGUUUCGUUGUAUUACAGUGCUCUUUUGUAAUAAAAUCAUUUGAAGC